CUUACUACGUCCUCUCCUGCUGAACACACACUAGGAUUUCACCGUGCUGCACCUUGGAGACCAACUAAAAGAAUGGUCAGUCAGCAGAGCUGUAGAUGGGGAAGCCCUUAGUCGUUUUUUUCUUCCUGCAAGAUGCAGCUACAGACCUGGCUGACAUUGAAACCAGUCUUCAUUUUCAGAUGGAGCGGAUGAGCGCAGUCUGCGUGUGAGAGAGAAGUUUGAUCCUCCGCCGUGGAAUGGGCAAUGGGAUAUGCUACACAAUGAAACGUCUAUGCCUUUUUCUCUUGCUUGUGAGCAUCACCUGCCGGCUGAGCUUUUCUCAGGAAGUAGCUGGAAGUCCCAGACAGACAGAAUUAAACGACAACAUCACCAUCUUUACCCGCAUCCUGGAUGGACUGCUCGAUGGUUAUGACAACAGACUCCGGCCCGGUCUGGGAGAAAAGGUGACGGAGAUCAAAACAAACAUCUUUGUCACAAGCUUUGGUCCUGUCUCUGACACGGAAAUGGAAUACACCAUCGACGUCUUCUUCCGUCAGAGCUGGAAAGAUGAGAGGCUCUGCUUCAAAGGCCCGAUGGAGAUGCUAGCCCUGAAUAACCUGCUGGCCAGCAAUAUCUGGACGCCCGACACCUUCUUCCUCAACGGGAAAAAGUCCAUUGCACACAACAUGACCACGCCCAACAAGCUGCUGCGGCUCAAAGACGACGGGACGCUCCUUUACACCAUGAGGCUCACCAUCUCUGCAGAAUGUCCAAUGCAACUGGAGGAUUUCCCCAUGGAUGCCCACGCCUGCCCCCUAAAGUUUGGAAGCUAUGCCUAUCCAGUCUCAGAGGUGGUCUACACCUGGACUCAGGGAGCAGCCAAGUCUGUGGUGGUGGCAGAGGAAGGCUCAAGACUCAACCAGUACCAUCUGAUUGGCCAGACAGCAGGAACAGAGGACAUCUACACCAGUCGGGGUCAGUACACGGUGAUGAUGGCUCACUUUUACCUGAAGAGGAAGAUAGGUUAUUUUGUCAUCCAGACCUACAUGCCAUGCUUCAUGACCGUGAUCCUGUCACAGGUUUCCUUUUGGCUGAACCGUGAGUCUGUCCCAGCAAGAACCGUCUUUGGUGUGACCACAGUGCUCACCAUGACCACUCUCAGCAUCAGUGCUCGAAACUCCCUACCCAAAGUGGCGUAUGCCACUGCCAUGGACUGGUUCAUUGCAGUGUGCUAUGCCUUUGUCUUCUCAGCGCUCAUUGAAUUUGCCACAGUGAAUUAUUUCACCAAAAGGAGUUGGGCCUGGGAUGGGAAAAAAGCAAUGGAGGCUCAACAUCCCAAGAAGAGAGACCCAUUAGCUCUGUCAAAGAAGCCCAACAACACCUGCUCAGCCGGUGUAAAUUAUACAACCAACCUCACCAAGGAUGCAUCCAUCUCCACCAUUUCAAACAGCACGACUAUUCAGCUCAAACCGUCCGAAAGCAAGGCCCCAGACCCCAAAAAGACUUACAACAGCGUGAGCAAGAUCGACAAGAUGUCCAGGAUUGUGUUCCCUGUGCUUUUUGGGACCUUCAACCUGGUGUACUGGGCUACGUAUCUCAACAGGGAACAAAUGAUAAAAGAAGCCGAGUGAGUUCUAAGCUGGGGGCCGCAGACAAAACGAACUUAAUGAAAAAUGUUAAUGCCAAGCACUUUGUCCUUGUAUCAUAGUUGUGUUCUUUUAAGAUAUUAACAAAUUAUUGCAUGUGUGUUGCUUCUGGUAAGUGCUGCCAUGUUUGCCUUGAGUUAGUCCAUCUAUGAUUACAAACCUAAAAUAUUAACUUAUUACUACUCACUCAGAUUUUUUUUUCUAUUUUAGCAUUUGGCAUUUUCUAUGCUCUCCUUUAGUUUUUAGUUGGAAAUGGAAGUGCAAGGCCAAAUGCUAUGCAAAGAAAAAUUUGUACUGUAUCAUUGAAAAUCGCCUUUUAUCUUUUUAAGUCUGUAAAUAUUACACGAGGUCCACGAAUGUGAAAUUGGACCAAAUGUAACUUUGCUUUCUUGUUAAAAGCAGAUAAAUAGCCAUGCUAAUUGUGUUGCCUUCAGAGUACGAUAACUCAUUAUGAAUGCACUGAACUCUGCACUCCUGCAACACCAUCUUUCUGAAGGUCAUGUUCAGAAAGUUAACUUAGUGGACUCUAUUUGUUCAAUUUUGCUACUUUUCAAUUGAUGGUAGCUUGAUAUUAAUUAAGCUUUAUUGAAAUGAAAGAUCUAAGAGGGAAGCAUUUAAAGCUUAA